AUGCCUACCCGCCUUUUAAUUUCACCAGCAUUCAUCAUUCUUCCUUCACUGUUGAUUCAGUCUUUUGGCCUAGAAUACAUUGUGGGAGACUCCUUUUGGUCCAUCCCCACAACCAAUGACUUCUAUACUAACUGGUCUUCUUCCCACUUUUUCCAGACAGGAGACACUCUUUGUUUUGACUUUGAUUCAGGGCUUCAUAAUGUGAUGGAAAUGUCAAGAAGAGAGUACGAGAGUUGCAGUGUAGACAAUCCCUUUAAGGUUUUCUGGGAUGGCCUGGCAAGUGUUGCAUUGAUGGAGGAAGGGUUUGCACUUGAGAUUCCAGAGGAUCUAUACCAUCUGAUCAAGAAGGCCAUCGCAAUCAGGAAGCAUUUGGAGAGGAACAGGAAGGACAAGGAUUCCAAGUUCAGAUUGAUUCUGGUGGAGCGCAGGAUUCACCGCCUCGCUCGUUACUACAAAAAGACCAAGAAGCUCCUUCCCAACUGGAAAUAG